UAAUCACAUUCAUUCAAGAUAGAUGUCAAAGUUAAGCAUUCUCUUCCUCCUAGUCUUAUCCUUCAGUUCUGUACUCUCAGAACUAUGCAACCCACAAGACAAACAAGCCCUACUCCAAAUCAAGAAAGAGCUUGGAAACCCAACCACUCUCUCCUCAUGGCUUCUAACCACUGAUUGCUGCAACAGAACAUGGCUAGGUGUUUCAUGCGACACCGACACCCAAACAUACCGCGUCAACGACCUCGACCUCUCCGAUCUUAACCUCCCCAAACCCUACUCUAUUCCUCCCUCCAUAGCCAACCUUCCCUACUUGAAUUUUCUUUCCAUUAGCAGGACCCCAACCCUAAUCGGUCAAAUCCCCUCAGCCAUCGCUAAACUCACCCAACUCCGUUAUCUCUAUAUCACCCACACCAAUGUCUCCGGCCCUAUACCAGAUUUCUUGUCUCAAAUCAAAACCUUAGUCACCCUCGAUUUCUCCUACAACACCCUCUCCGGCAAACUCCCCGCCUCGCUCUCUUCGCUGCCCAAUCUCGUCGGAAUCACCUUCGACGGCAACCAAAUCUCCGGCGCCAUCCCGGACUCGUACGGCUCAUUCUCGAAGCUUUUCACGUCGAUGACGAUCUCCCGCAACCGCCUCACAGGGAAGAUUCCGGCGACGUUCGCGAAUCUGAACCUGGCGUUCGUGGACUUGUCUCGGAACAUGCUGGAGGGUGAUGCGUCGGUGUUGUUUGGGACGGAGAAAAACACGCAGAAGAUACUUCUGGCGAAGAACAUGCUUGCUUUUGAUCUGGGGAAAGUAGGCUUGUCUAAGAACUUGAACGGCUUGGAUCUUAGGAACAACCGUAUUUAUGGGAUGCUACCUCAGGGACUUACGGCGCUUAAGUUUCUGCACAGUUUUAAUGUGAGCUUCAAUGAUCUUUGUGGUGAGAUUCCGCAGGGUGGGAACAUGCAACGUUUUGACGUAUCUUCUUAUGCCAAUAACAAGUGUUUGUGUGGCUCUCCUCUUCCACCAUGCACUUAAUAACAAGUGUUUUAUUUUCAACCCUAGCUUGGAUUAAUAAGAACGGAUGGGAUUAAACGUUAUAAUAGAGUCAUAUUCAAAAGGUAAAUACCCAAAGUAUUA